UGCAGAUUUUUUUUGACACUGAUUGAAGCUUAAUUUAAUUUAACUUGUUCAAAAAGAGAAGCACUUCUAUAUUAAUAUGAAUGUAAAGUAGAUCUUUAACACCAAGCUGAUCCGUUUGAAGGUGAAAAUGACUAAUUUACUUACAGAAAUCUACGAACUAGGCCAAUGACUUGAUGUCAGAAUGCAGAGAUUGAAGUGCAUUAUGGGAAAUGUAGGAUCCAUUACUUUCUGAAAAUGUUCACUCAUUAUCAGACGUUAACUGUUUUUCCUGCUCUCUGAUUGGUUAGUUUAUAUGUUUAACAUUCAUAGCUCUUCCCACUUUCUUGGUGUCCGAAAUGGAUUCCCUACCUCCUUCACCAUCCUCACCCCCUCACCCCUGUGUGCAAUGUGCUAGACUGAGUUCAGCCCCUUCGGCUGGAGGCUCGGGUUUAUCUGGAAGCAAAGAGAAAGCCAUUCAGGGGCUGCACUCCGUGAGGUGAAGGAAGGCUCCGUCGUGGACGCUGCUGGGGGGGAACGAGACAGGACCUGGAACCGGGGAUUUGACCUUUUCCGCAUAAACUUGGGUUUGUGAGCGCGAGCGGGGAGCCAUGGUGCUGUUCUCUGCCCUUUGGGCGCUCUUGCUGUGCCAGCUUUUAACAUCAUCCUCUGCACAGAGGCCAGGCCCCAGAGGAGCCACUGGGCCACCAGGACCCCCAGGAUCACCGGGAAGGGAUGGCACAGAUGGGAAACCUGGACCUGCUGGACUGCCUGGCAAAGCUGGUCCCAAAGGAAAAGGAGGAAUACCAGGAUCACCAGGAAAACCAGGCCUGCCAGGACUUCCAGGGAUCGAUGGUUUGACCGGUCCUGAUGGUCCUGCUGGCAAAGAUGGACCCCCAGGAGAAGCAGGUGAACCAGGACCUUCGGGACCACCUGGGACUCCUGGCAGAGGGAGACCAGGAGCUGCAGGACUACCUGGAACCAAUGGGUUGCCAGGCGGAGUCGGACCUCAGGGUCCAGCAGGUGCUGAGGGUCUUUCAGGACUUCCUGGACCUCCUGGCUCUGAUGGACCUCCAGGGCUUCCUGGCAGCCUUCAAGAUCUUAGUGGAGACCUUCUGUGUCCUGCAAUCUGCCCCCCUGGUCCCCCUGGUGCACCUGGGAUGCCAGGAUUCAAGGGACACACUGGACACAAAGGAGACAAGGGAGAGCCUGGAAAAGAUGGAGAGAAGGGGGACCCUGGCCCACCCGGACCAGCAGGUAUUCCUGGUACAGUCGGUCUGCAGGGCCCACGUGGUCUGAGAGGUUUACAAGGCCCAAUGGGACCUGUAGGCGACAGAGGCUUCCCGGGUUUCAGAGGCAAGCCUGGCAUUGCCGGCAUCAUUGGAAAGACAGGUGAUACUGGAGAAAAAGGACCACAAGGAUUCAAAGGACCCAAAGGAGAAAUUGGUAAAAUUGGUCCCAAAGGAGCUCCUGGGGGAGCAGGACCCAAAGGGGAGCCUGGUAUUCCUGGCAGAGAUGGCAAAGAUGGAACACCAGGGUUGGAUGGGGAGAAGGGUGAUGCUGGACGCCACGGAGUAGUAGGAGAAAAAGGACCCAAUGGACUUCCUGGUCUGCAAGGAAAGGCUGGUGCAAAGGGGUCCAAAGGAGAAGUUGGUGAUCCAGGGAAGGCUGGGGAGAUGGGACCCUCUGGAGAGCCAGGUAUUCCUGGUGAGAUCGGUGUCCCAGGAGAGAGGGGUAUAGCAGGUCCCAGAGGAGUAGCAGGAGGUAUUGGACCAGCUGGCAAUCCUGGGCCCCAGGGAGUGAGAGGCUUCCAGGGAGUUAAAGGCGCUUUGGGUGAUCCAGGUCUUCCAGGACCAACAGGGCUGCGUGGAGAUUUUGGUGACAGGGGUCCAGUUGGAGCUUCUGGAGCAAAGGGAGAAAUGGGCGUGGCAGGAAGUGAUGGUUUACCAGGAGAGAAUGGAGAGCCUGGUCCUUUUGGUCCAGUUGGACAAAAAGGCGAGUCAGGGAAGCGAGGUGAACUGGGGCCAAAGGGGGUAACAGGUCCACAAGGAGAGCUCGGUGCAAGAGGGCCUCCAGGAAAACCAGGACCAAUGGGCUUCCAAGGUGAACAGGGUGUGCCGGGAAUCCCAGGAAAGAUAGGUGUUCCUGGCAAACUGGUGAGUGAGCAGCACAUCAGAGAGCUCUGUGGUUCAAUGAUUGAUGAUCAGAUCGCACAGCUGGCUGCUAAUCUGAGAAGACCUCUGGCACCUGGAAUGGUGGGUCGUCCUGGUGCUCCUGGAUCUAAUGGACAGCCGGGAGUUGCUGGCUCUAUUGGGCAUCCAGGCGCCCGUGGACCACCAGGGUAUAGAGGCCUGCCAGGAGAACUUGGAGAUCCAGGCCCCAGAGGUGAUGUUGGUGAGCAAGGUGACAAGGGCCCCAUUGGCAAAGCCAUUGACGGGCCCCAGGGAGACCAAGGAAACCAAGGUCUUCCAGGAGUACCUGGAAUUGUCAAAGAUGGUCGCGAUGGGUCUCCAGGAGAUCCAGGUGAGCCUGGAGAGCCAGGCAGGGUAGGUAGGACUGGGCAUCAGGGACCUCCUGGGAUCUGUGAUACAUCAGCCUGCCAGGGAGCAUCAGCUGCAGGGAAAUCCUCCAACCCCAAAAACCAUUAAACAUGACUCCCUGCAGCCUGACAUCCCCCACACUGACAGGUGGGGAGAGAGUGAUAUGUGAAGAGGGAGGAAAUGAAAGACGAGAGAUCACAAAAAAAGUCUUCUUUAUUUAAAUACAUGUAUCACAAGAUGGGAAGAGUAACAUCAGUGGGCGUGAUGCUUUGAAAGGAAUGGAGGAACAUCCCAGGAGUGAUAUGAAAACCAAAGCAAUUGAGAGACAAAAAAAAAGAAGAAAAAAACCCACAAAACACAGAUGACAUCCACAAAAAAUGGCCAGAGGAAUGGAGAACAUCUGCAUUGAUGCCAGUACUAUCACAUAACAAGACUUGACUGAGAACUGGAUUGCAUAACAAGUCAUUUGUUUGUAAAAACUUUUUACAUGGUGUUUCUUUGCCCCUUUAACUUUGGUUAACAUCCUCAUGGCAGACAGCACACUACAAACUUACUGUCUCUGAAGUAAAUGUGCAUGUAUGAUGGUCCAUUGUAUAAAGCACAGGUGUUACCUCAACAUGCAAGCUUACAUUGUAAAAUAUGGAAAUAAGUGCCAGAGGGAAAAAGCCUGAGUCGAGGAGCUGUGUAUGUACUGUAAAAGCAAUAAAAAAACAGAUAACUAGAUGCCCAGAAAUUGUGUAGAUUUAAUACAAAACUAAAUCUUUUAAUAGUCAUAUUUUUUACAGCUUGUUUUCUAUUUUUGUUUUUAACAUGUGAAGCUGAUUCUGUAGAUUUGCGAAUCACAAACAGAACAAAACUUGUGGAUUCAUAAAUGAGACGUAAAAUGCGUACGUUAAAAAGGCUUAGAAGUUUGUUUUUAUAAGGUUUUUCAAGGUUAUUUUUUCUAACUUGCAACGACAACAUCCACUAUGUACUUCCGGUGCUGUAACUAUUAAAUAUACAUGACU